CAUAGUUAAGGUUUUCAACAACCCAAGGGAAACUAAAAAGUGAAUCUAAAAAGUUGAUCUUCAGUUUAUCGCUGAUAGUUUGUCUAAACAGGUAGUUCGAAGCUGAACGGCAAUGAAGAAAGCAGUAGUCUUCAGUCUCUGGGGUGGUGUCAUAAGCCCCCAUCUACGCCAAUCGAUUGAAAAUUUUGAAAAAUCGCUUGGGAUUCAAAAAGAUGUCAUAUCAAACGCUGUGUUAAAGGGUAACGGCAAUGGCCUCAUCAGCGCUGAGAGGGGAAAGGUUGCUCUCGCUCAGAUCUUUCCCGAUCUAUUGACUGCAUGUCAGAAGGAAGCAGCGAGUCAGGGUGUGUCUCUGCCUUCUCAAUUCUCAGUCCCGGCCCUUUUCGAUGUGAUUAGAGGCGCUGAGUUCAUCAAGCCUGUGCUCAAUGCUGUCAGCAUACUCAGACGCCAUGGCAUCACUACUUGUGUCCUGGCUAAUAUCUGGGUUGAUGACACAGAUCACCGAAGCAGCACUGCCAAGAUUAUGUCUGUGUUAGCCCAACAUUUUGACUUGGUUUUAGAGUCUUGCCGUGUUGGAAGCAGGGUCCCUGAGCCUGAAUUUUUCACUGCUGCCCUUGAGAAGCUCAGUGUGGCACCAGAGCAGGCAGUGUUGUUUGAUGUUUCUGAGGAGAGUGUGAAAGAGGCGGAGAAACUGGGGAUGACUGGUGUUCUUGUUGGUGACAUCACAGGUGCUCUGAAGCAGUUACAGGAACUUACAGGAGUCGAGGUUUUGGAUGAGAGAUUCCCCUUUUCCUGCUCCCCUGAAGAUGUAACUCAUGGGUUGGUCACUAUCAAGCCUGGGGUGAAGACCCACUACGUGGAAAUGGGGGAUGGACCCCCUGUUCUGCUGUGCCAUGGAUUCCCUGAGAUUUGGUUCUCUUGGAGAUACCAGAUUCCAGCUCUUGCCAAGGAGGGGUUUAGGGUUCUAGCUCCUGACCUGAAGGGUUACGGUGACUCCUCUGCUCCACCAGAAAUUGAGGAGUAUUCUCAAGAGCAGAUUUGCAAGGACCUGGUGACAUUUUUGGACAAAAUGGGCAUUCCACAAGUGACUCUGGUGGGUCAUGACUGGGGUGGUGUUCUGGUUUGGAACAUGGCCUUAUACCACCCAGAGAGAGUGAGGGCUGUUGUUUCUCUCAACACUCCACUGUUCCCUCUUGAUCGGACCUCUGACCCCAUGCUGAAACUCAAGGCCUUGCCAAUCUUCGACUACCAGAUCUACUUCCAAGAGCCUGGUGUAGCAGAGGCCGAGCUGGAGAAGGACCUGGAAAGGACUUUCAAGCUUAUGUUCAAUGGAAGUGAUGAGAAGGAUAAGUUCCCAGCUUUGAAAACAUCUGGAGUUUGUAAAAGAGGCGGCCUCUUUGUGGACGUAACAGAAGAUGUUCCCAGAAGUGUCAUCCUGAGUGAGGCAGCGCUGAAAUAUUAUGUUCAGCAGUUCAAAAAGAGUGGAUUCAGGGGCCCUCUAAACUGGUACCGAAACGUGGAGAGGAACUGGCGUUGGAUGUGUUCAAGACCAAGAGAUCCUAUAACAAUGCCGGCUCUUAUGGUCACAGCUGGGAAAGACCCUGUGCUUCUGCCAGCCUUCACCAAAGGCAUGGAGGAAGCGAUCCCCAACUUAAAAAAAGAGCACAUUGAGGAGUGUGGACACUGGACUCAAAUGGACAGGCCUGCAGAACUGAAUAAAAUCCUCAUCGCUUGGCUGAAGGAGAUUCACCAGAAAUCUCCUAUUCCUCCAAAGUUAUGAAGAUAAUUUCCAUCAGCACAGCUAUGCAAUAAAGUGAAUGACUUCUACGCAUUCCAUUACAACAGUGAACAUAAAAAGCUGACAAAAUAUAGCAUUUGUAUCAUGUCCAGUUUAAUGUUUGGCUUUUUCAUGUUUGGCUAACUCUCAUGUUUGGCUAACUUUCUGCACUUAAUACCGAAUGUAUGAGGCUUUUUCCUUAAAUUUUUCUAAAAUCUUUGUCAUUAUGCAGAAUAACUGUUUUGCUCUAUUAAAGUUGCAUUCAAAUAUUUCA